AUGGACCUCAUCUCGAAGACCCUAAAGGAGAACCAGUCCACUAAACAGGAGUACACUUGCCCCGCGUCCCCUGAAAGCUUCAUGUCGGCGAGCUAUAUGACAGUCCAACCCGCACCUAAAGAGGUGGACACAAAUAAGGCCGCCAAAGACCAGCGCAGGUUUGUGGUGUGUGGCGGUGAGGGCCCAUGCGGUGCUCGAGGUGUGCGAGUGCGCAGUACUGCUCCACUGCGUGCCAGAGGAAGCACUGGAAAGCCGGGCACAAAGAGUAGUACGGGCGACACCUCUCUCGGAGUUUCUGCAGAUGGCAACAGUAUAUAUAUAGACGCCCAAGAACCAGAAGGUGCAAUAGCUUUCGGGACAGCUUCAGCGAUAUCGUCCUUGACCAGUGUCGUGUCCAAGAUCAAGAGGGAUGGCAAGAUACCGUAUAACCUCCACGGUGAUGACAAGUUCGUGGUGAAGAUUCAGGUACCUAUGACGGGUCCUGGUACCAUGAUGAUGUAUGACGAGCAGAGAAGCUUCAAUCGCCUUGUGGGGAUGAAAGAGCCGGGCGCUAUGAAGCUAUAUAAGACAAUAGAAGCGGUGGGUUUGGGUAAGCUGUACUUUAUGGCCAUCCGAGAAGGCACCAAGUUCAAAUUCCUCUUGUCGCCUCUACCGUCCCAGUGGCAGCCAUGGUAA